AAUAUCGAUUAUUGGGUACCCGCAAACUAAUACGAUCAAUGGAAUCGUUAACCUUCCAGGACGCGCGCCAUCAAGCAGCUGAAACUGCACCACGCUCGCGCUGUAUAUGACGAGCGAGGUUUUCUGGUAAUGUUGUACUUAACAGCGCGCGUACUGAAGGGUCAAAUAGGAUAUUGAACAUUUAUUUAAUUUGAUUAUUACAAAAGUUCUGGUAGUUGAAAAUUUGAAUGAUUAAGGUUUAGUGGAUAAAAUAUUGCUAUUUUCUAUAGCCUAAUCGAAAGAGCUAAUUUUUCUGAGUAUAACGUGAUUUAAUUGGAUUCCAAUAUCUUUGUUUUGAUGGCUAAAUUAACAAAACAGUUUCAAUUUUCGUGGAUAGAAUGACAGUUCAAUCCAUUAAAUGACAAAAGUCCAAAAAUAAUGAGAUGGAUUUCGACCAAUUUUUGGGCGGAGAAUCCGAUAAUGAAAUAAUCCGGAUACCCCUAAAGAACCCGAAAUCGUUUUCUCAGAUCAAAGCUUUUUUGAUUCCAUUUCGGGCCCUGAGUAUUUAUCUGUGCAAAAUUUGAGAACGAUCGGUUGUCCCUGGGCUUGGAUUAUAUCUUCCAGGAAGCUUUGAUUUCAGGCAUGUGGUCGAUGGCCUUUGCAGUAAUGAUUAGAAUAGCUGAAUGUAUAAUCAAUGGCAAACAAUUCUGUAAGAAUCAGAUCUCCAAGUCAUCUGAUAUAGUUAUACUGAUCAUGACGCUGCAUAGUAUAUCGAACAUUUGUCGAAGUCAUUUAUGUGCCGCGAAAAUAUAAUUCCAAGUUGGAGAGAAUAUUACAAACUGAGGGAGGGUAAUAGGCCCAGUCAGACCCCUGAAUGGGCAAUGUGGGUUAGUUUAUGGGAAUGCCAUUGAAGGUUUGUAAUAUUCUCCGAGGCUUUCGAAAUCCAACAGGGCGCGUCCCCGGGUUGCGGAUAGGGGGAAAAGGGAGAUUUUUCACAUUUGUACUGUAAUCAACCAAUGUGGUAUUAUCUCCUAUGGUGUUGUAGUGCGAAUGAAUGAUCUCAUUCUAUGGGAAUUCGAACCUUGUAAUGUAUUGUUUAUCAACUUCAAUUUUCUAAGCUUGAUAAGGUUUUGAAGACAAACAUGAGAUGAGAGAAUUGCCUAAUAGGAAAGUCACAUCAGCAAAGCUUUUACAUAUGCAAAUACUAUCCAUGGGGUCAUGUCUAGCAUUUAAUAUGUAUGGCAAUGACUGAUUCUUACCUAGCAGGGGUACUACAAGACCACGCGGACAAUUCGAUUAAAGGCUUAAUUGGGGAUAAUAUAUUUUCCAGAACUGAAGGGACAUUUUUUCCGGGGUGACUGGCGAGUCGGAGAGGGUAGAAGUUUCCGUUUGUUAUAAUUGACAAAAUAAACAAUCGGGCGCUUUUUCUUUCUAUGACUUGCUUGGUAUUUUGUGGAUUAUUGUUUUUUGGUUUUGGAAGGUAUGCGAUUCACUAUUGAACCUUAAAAUUAUUUUGCAUCUGAAUAGCAUUGAUAUCGUCAAGUCUGCACCAACACCCUAAUCCCACACCAAAAUACCCUUUUCCUAUCCCAUGGCGUUUAUGUGGUCAGCAAAGACUAUUCAGUCAUUACCCCUCCUUAUCAUCGGCUUUGGACUGACUUGCGCUCUCAUUGCCCCACCAAAUGCUGCAAAAUGAAAAUGAAAAUGAAAAUUUGAGAACGAUCGGUUGUGUCUACACUUGCGCAUUUCAAUUGAAAUUUGUAUGGGAUUUUGUAUUGCUUUUUUUGCACCGUAUUCGACCCCCUGCAGAUUUCUUUUGUCACACCACAAUAUGUUCCCAUCAGUUUCAGCAUUCAUUGCACACUAAGACUUCACGAAACUUCACGAAAUUUCAUGAACUGAAGCAAACUUUUGUUGACAGUAAAAUUGACAUUAUCUGUUUUACUGAAACAUGGCUGAAUAGCACAAUUAGUGAUAGAAUGAUCAGUAUUGAUGGUUAUAAACUUGUUCGUAAUGAUAGGAAUAGACAGGGUGGCGGUGUUUGUAUGUAUGUGAGAAAUAAUUUGUCUUAUAAAGUUGUGUCCAUGUCAUCGAGUUCUUCGAACGAUGUCAGUGGUACCGAAUACCUGAAUGUUGAAAUUAAAGUUGGUUAUGAUAAAGUGUUACUAGGUGUAGUUUACAAUCCACCGAACACAGAUUGCACCGAUGUUUUGAAUGACAUCUUAGAAAAUUCUACAAUCAAUUAUCAAUGUUCCUUUUUUGUGGGCGAUUUUAAUACGGACUUACUUAGAUCUUCAAGACGAUCACGCAGAUUCAGUGAAAUGCUAGAUGCUAUGUCCUACACGUGUAUUAACUCUCAGCCAACUUUUUUCCAUCAAACUGGAUGCUCUCUGCUCGAUCUUCUUAUAACGGAUGCACCUGAUGUUGUUGUUAAACAGGACCAAGUUUCAAUGUCUGGUGUGUCAAACCAUGAUUUAGUUUUUUGCUCUCUUCGUCUCUCGUUUAAUAAAACUGAAAUAAUGUUAGAUAUCGCGACUAUCCUUUUUUUACACGACUUAUUUUUACGCGAUUUUAUUUUGCACGAUUUUUUUUACGCGAUUUUCUCGAAGUUACGCGACUUUUUUUUACGCGAUUUUGGUUAUUUGCGGAGGGCAAAUCGCGUAAAAAAAGAUUUCCCUUUGAUUUUUUUUACGCGAUUUCACGAAGUUACGCGAACUUUUUUUACACGAUCUUUUUUUGCGCGGACGCAUCCAUCGCGUAAAAAAAGGAUUUAGUGUACUACCUUUUCCAUAAUUUUGAGCAUUACAGAGGAUAAACUUAUCGGCCUGAAUGCUUUGGGGUUGGUUUUAUCUCUCUUUCCUGCCUUCGGAAUGAAGACAGCCCGGAUUUGACGCCAAUCGUUGG